AAUUUUGCCCCUGACCUCACGGCUUGGGCUCUGUUCACCUCUUUAGCUUAUUCUUCAGAUGCUGAAUUGAAGCAUAUAUACAAUUUAAACAUAUAUAUACAUAUCGACGAUCAAUCGACCGUUCAUUCUUAAUGCAACAAUCGCAAUAGCUUACCAAUUCUCCGAUUCUCAAGUCUUCUUGUUUGUGAUUGUUAGAUGGAAGCUGGCCAACAUCAUGAUGCUUCCCAUAAUGCUGAGACCACAGCUAGUGCAAACGAAUGUAGCAAUUUGAUGGAGAGCAAUUCUUUAGCAAAUGGGGCUAGCUCUGAUCCAAAAGUUAAAUCUGAAUGCAAGCCGGGAGAGAUUCUCCGAAACUUAGAGAAUGCCUCUUAUAUAUAUAGACAAGAUGUUGUGAAAAGCAAAACUGAUGAUAAAAUUGGGAUUGUGACCGAGGUUGCUGGUGAUUCAGAUUCAGAUAGCAGCUUAACUGAUGAUGAAGAUGAGGAUGAGGACAAUGGAGAAGAAGACGAAGACGACGAUGAUGAUGGUGGUCAGGAUGAUGAUGAUGGUGAUUCCAACUCGGAAGGCGAUAGGGAUAACAAUGAAAAGGCUGAGGAAACUGAUGAUGGGAACAAAGACCGUAGUGACUGUAAGAGUGAUCCGCUUACCGCAGACCAUGUUCGAGUCCUCUGGAUGGAUGAGUCUGAGUCAACAGAGAGUAUUAACAAUGUCACUGUUGUCGACAGAGGAUUUCUACAUGGUGAUUAUGUUGCUGCAGCUUCUGAUCCAACAGGUCAAGUAGGCCUGGUGGUUGAUAUUACUAUAUCUGUAGAUUUGUUAGCGUAUGAUGGAUCUAUUUUUAAAGAUGUCUCAUCUAGGGAGUUGAAACGUGUUCGGGAUUUUACAGUUGGUGAUUAUGUUGUCCUUGGCCCUUGGUUGGGUAGGAUUGAUGAUGUUUUUGAUAAUGUCACUGUGAUGUUUGAUGACGGUUCUGUAUGUAAAGUUAUGAAGGCUGACCCUUUACGCCUUAAACCAGUUGGUAGGAAUGGCCUUGAAGAUGGACAUUUUCCUUUCUAUCCUGGUCAGCGUGUAAAAGCAAGCUCAUCAUCAGUUUUCAAAAAUUCCAGAUGGUCAUCUGGCUUGUGGAAAGCAAAUAGGUUGGAAGGUACAGUAACUAAAGUUACUGUUGGUUCAGUUUUCAUCUACUGGAUUGCAUCUGCUGGAUAUGGGCCUGAUUCCUCCACUGCUCCAGCUGAAGAACAAAAUCCAAAGAACCUGAAACUGAUGUCUUGCUUUUCCCAUGCAAUCUGGCAACUAGGUGACUGGUGUCUGCUUCCUUCAUCCUCUUUUGCCUUGGACAAGCAAUUGUCAGAGUUACAACUUUGUGACUCCAACAAAACUGUAUCAGUAUCUUCUCAAUCUUUAGCAGAUUGUGAGUCAGAAGUUGUCAAUUUGGAGGAAUCAACAGGGAAUAGUGAAUGUAUGGACAUUGACGUGGAAUCUUCUGUGGAUGGAAAUUGUGAAACCUUAGAGCAUGAUUCCCUUGCAGAGUCCAGUACAUCUGCUAAUUCAUUGUCAGUUUCCAAGGAAUCAGGUCAAGACUCUUGGUCCCUUCAUCGUAAAAAGAUCCGCAAAGUUGUGGUUAGGAGAGACAAAAAGGCACGUAAAAAAGAAGAGAAUUUUGAAAGAGCUCUUCUAAUUGUGAAUACUAGAACUUCUGUUGAUGUUGCCUGGCAGGAUGGAAAAAUAGAAAGAAAUUUGGAAUCUACAUCCUUGAUCCCUAUUGAAAGCCCUGGAGAUCAUGAAUUUGUUGCUGAACAGUAUGUUGUAGAGAAAGCUGCUGAUAAUGCUGAGGAUUCUAAUGAUGUCAGGCGUGUUGGGGUUGUGAAAAGUGUUAAUGCAAAGGAACGCACAGCUUCUGUGAGGUGGCUAAAACUAGUUACCAGGGCAGAAGACCCUAAGGAGUUUGACAUAGAGGAAGUGGUCAGUGUAUAUGAGUUGGAGGGGCAUCCUGACUAUGACUAUUGUUAUGGUGAUGUUGUUGUUCGUUUGUUACCUGUUUCUCUUCCAGCAAAAGUGGGUUCUGCUGUGAAAUCUACAGAAGAAUCAGAACAUUUGUUGGUUCCAACUGAAGCUAAAGAAGAUGAGCAAAAGCAUUCGAGAUGCAAUGAAGCAGAAGCCACUCCAAGUGAUGAUGCUUGUUCCGAAUUUUCAGAUCUCUCUUGGGUUGGGAAUAUCACUGGACUCAGAAAUGGAGACAUUGAAGUCACGUGGGCUGAUGGGAUGAUAUCCCUGGUUGGGCCUCAAGCAAUUUAUGUUGUUGAUCGUGAUGAUGAUGAGUCUAUCGCGGCCGGAAGUGAAGUUGGUGAUGAUGCAGCUAGCUGGGAAACAGUUGAAGAUCAUGAAAGGGAGACCCUGGGGAAUGUAGAAGAGGAACUUGGAACAAUAAAUGCUACUUACAUCAGUAUUGAAGAUGAAGAUGGUGCGACGGCCACUGAAGAUUCAGGAGGGAAUGGGGCUCUGGCUAUUCCCCUGGCUGCACUAGGAUUUGUGACCAGGCUGGCUUCUGGAAUAUUUUCGAGGGGACGCAAACAGACUGAUUCUUCGAGUUUAGAUUCUAGAAGUGAAGAUGAAGAAAGGGAAGGAGCAUUUGCCAAAAUAUAUACCGGCGAUGAAUCGUGGUCCCAAAGGUCUGGAGACCUUGAUAAUUCUCAAAGGCUACCUGCUACUGGAAAGGGAGAGGAACAUGACACUACGGAAGUGACUGAGUUGGAUGUCAUUGAAGCUAACUUGAAGCCAGGAAUAGGAAAUUCCUCAGAUCAACAUGAUAACCAAAGUUAUAGUUUUAAACGUUUUGAUAUCACAACAGAUCCUUAUGAUCAUCGUUUUCUUGGUACAAGUGGCCAGAAUAAUGCUGGGAGGAAGUGGCUUAAGAAAGUUCAACAAGAUUGGAACAUCCUUCAGAAUAACCUGCCAGAUGGAAUAUAUGUACGUGUUUAUGAAGAUCGCAUGGAUCUUCUAAGGGCAGUGAUUGUUGGAGCAUAUGGGACUCCUUACCAAGAUGGCUUAUUCUUCUUUGAUUUCCACCUUCCACCCGAGUAUCCUGAUGUUCCUCCAUCAGCAUAUUAUCAUUCUGGUGGCUGGCGGAUAAAUCCAAACUUGUACGAGGAAGGGAAGGUUUGUCUCAGCCUUUUAAAUACUUGGACGGGCAGAGGGAACGAAGUCUGGGAUCCUUCAUCCUCGAGUAUACUUCAAAUCCUAGUUUCACUUCAAGGGCUAGUCUUGAAUUCCAGGCCUUAUUUCAAUGAAGCUGGUUAUGACAAGCAAGUUGGGACAGCUGAAGGAGAAAAAAAUUCACUAUCAUACAAUGAAAAUACCUUCUUAUUGAACUGCAAGACAAUGAUGUAUCUGAUGAGGAAGUCUCCGAAGGAUUUUGAAGAGCUUAUCAGAGAACACUUUAGGAUGCGUGGUUAUUACAUCCUUAAGGCAUGUGAUGCUUACAUGAAAGGUUUCCUCAUUGGCUCACUCAGAAAAGAUGCCUCCAUAAGCAGUCACAGCAGCGCUAAUUCUAAUUCAGUUGGUUUCAAGCUAAUGCUGGCGAAGAUCGUACCAAAACUUUUCUUGGCUCUAAAAGAAAUAGGAGUGGAGUGUGAAGAGUUCAAACAUCUCCACGAAUUGUAGCAGAGAUCUUGGCAUUUGGUAUAUAUAUCAUUUGUUCAAUCCAGCAAGGUCAGCCUUUUAAACAUUUUUAAAUGUCAAGGCAUUUGAUGGCUUCUUUUUGGGUGUACUUCUGUUUGGGAUAUGAUUUGAUACUUAUGAUGGCUGCUAGUUGGGUCAUGUCAUUUUUGCAUAGGACAGAAUGCGGGGAUUACUGCUAUGCUGUAACAUUUUCUUUACUAACACAGGUGAUUAGGAAUGAGUAGGUUGUGUUUGGACUUGGCUACUUGUUUGUCCUUGCCUAUUAACUUUCAUAGUUGUAGUCCCCUCCAAAUUUGGGGAGGCAGUUUACUAGUAAAACUUUUUGUGUUUUUCCUGAAUGAUUGGCGGCAUAGUUUAACUCAAGUUCUGUUUGGAGAAUUCUGUAAAAACCUUUUGAUUCUUGGAAACUGAUUCUUUUACAUGCUAAUCGUACUUGUCAUUUGUUCAUUAAACCUUCAAUUCCGGUUCGGUGGGCAGACUGCUAUGCUGGUUUUGCAAGUCAUGAAGAAUUGGAUGGCUAACAAGGAUUUUCUUUAUCUAAUGCCUGUGUAUUUCUUUCAUUGCCCUGUUCAUCCAUUCAUCUUCGAAGAAUAUAGUUCAGGCCCCUGAGCAAUUGACAGGGAGAUAAUGAACAGUGAAUUUCAAGCUUAUCACCAUUUAUAUUGUGGUUGCUGGGGCAAAGAGAUGAUGGCUUAAUGUUAGAAAUGGAGAAAUAACAUGAAUCAUACAUAGCAUGCUCAAAGGUGGUUCGUAUUCUUUGCUUUUGGUACUAGACGCCUUUGUAUGUCAGUUUGAUCUAGCAAUCACUUGAAUGAGCUGAGUUUGGGAUGUCUAAGCUUGUUAACACUUGAGAAACUGUUAUUAUGCAUGUUUAAUGGAAUAUAGUCUGCCAGAUGAUUCGUUCUUGA